GCUGUCGUUUAAAAAAGAAAAUAAUCAACAUAACCUAAAAAGUAAACAAGUAUCACAUUUUUUAUGUGAAAUUUCUCAUUAUUAUUAUAAUUAAAAAAUAAAUAAAUUAUUUAUAAAUAUCUUUUAAAAUGAAGAUAGAAUUGUAUAAAGAAAUUGUCAAAGAUAUUGGAAAGUUUAAAGGACUGACACGUGAUUGUGCUGACAUGUUGAUUAAAAAGUAUACUGAUGUUUCGUCUAAUGCUAUCCAUAGUAUUUUAUCUGCUGAGACGAUGCAGAGAAUGAAAACAUGUAGAAAUAAAUUGCAUGGCAUUCGAUAUGAUCAUUAUGGACAAUACAUAACAGCUAAAAAAAGCGGACAACGACCUGGAAUAAUUGUUCGACUAGCUGCUACGGCGAAUUUACCUCCAGCUUUAUUAGCUCGUGUUAUUUUAGAACGUCAUUUUUUAAACAGUAACAAAAAAUUUUCUCGCACAGAUAUAUCACAAUAUAUGAAAGAUACAACGCUCAUUCAAGAUCCAGAUUUAGCUUAUGAAAUAUAUUUGUGUGUAUUAUAUGAUGAUAGAAAUGGAUUUAUAUCUGAUUCUUUAUGCUUGGCCAUUGGUAAUGAAUAUGAAGUAAAACUUCAACAUUGCUUGAACCAAUGCAAUGCCGCAUAUUCAACGGAAGAUGAUUUAAGAGAGCGAGGAUACGACAAAACUCCAGAUGUAAAACUUGAAAUUCCUUUGGCUGUUGAUGGUUUUAUAAUAAAUUGGAUUGAGUCUAAAGGACGUUUUGGUUCGCCUGAUAUCCAUAAAACUCAUGUUAAAGAGCAAUUUCUAAGCUACUGGAAUCGUUUUGGUCCAGGUCUUGUUAUUUAUUGGUUUGGAUUCGUUGACAAUAUUGUUGAACCAAGUGAAGAAAAAUAUAUUAUUAUGGAUCAUUUUCCUGAAAAUAUUGUUCAUAUGAAUCCAACUAUACCAGAAUUAUAAUUUUUACUGAUAACUUAUUAAUUUUACUUAUGUCGUAAUUUAAAUCAUUUUUAAACAAUUUUCAUACUGUAAAUAAUUAUCCAUUAUUUAAAAUUUCAAUUGUUAAUAAUCGAUGUAUUACUUAUUUAUUUAUUGAAUACUUCAUAUAAUUUUAACAUAUCAGUAUUUACAUAUAUUGUAAAUACAGCAUAUAUAAAUUUUGAUUAUAUAAAGUAAUGUUUUAAUGUGUCACGACUACGAUCAAGUGAAAUAAAUAUAAAUAAUAAAUUUUUAA